AUGGAAUUCUCUAAUAGAGUCCUACAGCGUUGCGACCAUGGAUAUUCCCUCAGGCCUGAUGACAUAAGAUCUGCUUUGCUUUGUGGCAUUCACCAGCGCCACAAUCUCGACGUCGACUUUGAUAACCGCCCGAAAUUCCGUCCCCAAAAGCCCACAACAGGCAAUGCAACUGGAGCGCUUGAUAUCAAGAGUUGCGACUGUUUUCUUUCUAGAAUCCUCGUUUGUAGCAAUUGUAGAGCUCGGAUCAUGGACUGGAAGACCUACCAGGAACUAGCAAUGGUAGAGGAAGGUUCAAUGCUCUGCGCUCUGGCUCGUUUUCCCGGGAAAUGCCAACGUGGUCGCUCCUGUAGUUGUCAGGGCCGUGGCGUUGGUUGUCCUCAAUCAAACAUCCGCCAAUUCAAGAAAAAGGACAAAUUUGAAAGUAAAUGGCUAGGACGUUCGUCUGGCUUUAACGUCGUAAUGGCCCGCGGCGAUAAGAAGUUAAAGCGAUUGUUGGGUGAUGACUUCCGACCCACAUCAAGCAGCCACGCUCUCCAGAUUUCAUCUGAACUUGACGUCCCGCAAGUUUCUAAGGCGGUCAUUGUUCGCCGUAAAACUACAAAUUCCCAUGGCCAAUCUGAAAACUUGAGGACCCGGAUAAUCGAUAUCAAGCCUCCAUAUCGGUAUUGGGGCUGUAGCGGAAAAGUAGAAACUUCAAGGCUCAAACAAGACGGCACCCAGGAGUGGCAUGCAUCUACUUUCCGGUGGUGCUCUCUGUGCGAUAAAAGGAUUAACUUAGCUCAGCCUAAAUCUAUUUUUCUCUACUUUGGCUAA